GUGUCAUAGUGACGUGUCUCUGUUUGUGUCUACGACAAACGGUGUUUAUUUGGUGCUUUCUAUUUGAAAAUUUUGCAAAAUCGAGGGCAUAUGUUAGAAAAUCCUGUGUCAUUGUCAAUAGUAACAAUUUCAAGAAUAUAAGUUAAUUACAAAUAUUCAACAAGGUACCAUAGUCCAAGUAUGCAAUGCUACCUAGAAGACGUCGAACAGCAUCCGAAAACGAAAACCAGGCACUCCUGAAUAAAGAGGAGACCUGGACACACAAUAAAUUUAGCCAAAUAAAUUCGUCUUAUCCAAAUAAUGUUGGUGAGGAUUUUUAUUUAGAUGAUCACAGCAGAGAGUACAACGAUCCAGAUCCUGUCAUGACUGCUAGAGACAGAACCAGUGAAUUUGUGAACACAAUACAAACUUUACAGGGUCGCAAUUUUGCUAGAGCUAAUGCUACUAGCGACACUAGAAAAUCCAAAGUUAUUCAGAAUCAUUCGGAUUUUAUGUUAAUUGCAAAAAAUGUUGGAAAAAAUAUUGCCAGUACUUAUGCUAAGUUGGAGAAGCUUACAUUAUUGGCAAAAAGGAAAUCCCUUUUCGAUGAUCGCACAGCGGAAAUCCAAGAAUUGACCUAUAUAAUCAAAAAUGAUCUAAAUAGUUUAAACCAGCAAAUAGCUCAGUUACAAAAUCUCUCAAGAAGUCAGAAAAAUCUCUCCAAUGGCAAACAUUUGCAGUCCCAUUCAAGCAAUAUUGUAUUGGCCCUGCAGUCAAAAUUAGCAACUAUGUCUACAGAUUUUAAGCAAGUUCUAGAAGUAAGAACAGAAAACUUAAAACACCAAAAAAGGCGAAGGGAUCAAUUUAGUCAGGGGAGCAUGCCACCUCCAGCAGCAAAUGUAGGCCAAUCUAGUAUAUUAUUUCAAGAGGAAGAUCAUGUCAGCAUAGAUUUUGGAUCAGCUUCUACAUCGCAGCAGCCACAGCAACAUAUGCAAGCACUGAUGUAUGAUCAAACAGAUGACUAUUUACAAAGCAGGGCUGAAACCAUGCAGAAUAUCGAAUCUACCAUUGUGGAACUGGGUGGCAUCUUCCAGCAGCUGGCUCAUAUGGUUAAGGAACAGGAAGAAAUGGUUGAAAGAAUAGAUACAAAUGUUCAAGAUGCUGAAAUCAACAUAGAGGCGGCUCAUAAUGAAAUUCUGAGAUAUUUUCGUUCUGUUUCCUCAAACAGGUGGCUUAUGAUAAAGAUUUUCGGAGUUUUAAUAUUCUUUUUCAUAUUUUUUGUUGUCUUUUUAGCUUAGGUAAAUAAAUGUAUUAUAUUAAAGGUGAGCUCCAUAAAAUCCAUUUAUUUUUGUUAUAUCCUUGUGUUAUUAUAUUAUCCUUUUAUCCUCAAUUUCUAAAAUGGCCUAUCCAAUUAUUUUACAUGCAUAAAACAGUUGUAACGUCUACUCCAAGAAUGUAAGUCAAAAAAUGCACUUGACGCUCUUUUCACGAUAUAGCUAUGCAAGUUCGACAUUUUGUUGCAGGUUUAAAUUUUAUUGAUUAAAUUUGAAAUUAAAUUACUUUGAUUUACGAAUAAAGCAUUUAAUACUUUUUAAAAACCUAAGG